CAACGCAACACAAACAGUCAUGCUUUCUAAUUUUUGCUUUCGGUUUCCUGAGUAAGUGAAAAUAAAAUAAAAGCACAACACCUAGCAAGUCCAAAAACGCAAUUCAAAAAAAUUAUGUUAAUUCGUAAUCUCACUCUCCCUCUUAUCAACUUACCCCAUAAGCAUGUCCCACUACGACAUCGAUACAGUGUCGUUUCCAAGUUCUGGAACUUGCGUGCCUCCUCUCUCAGUUCUUCUUCCAUAUCCACCCAAAAAACUCCAAACCUAAUUCAUUCUCCAGGAGGCACAAUUGUCUUCACCACCGUCGGCCGUCAAAAUUAUGGCUUCGACGUUUUCUCCGUCAAACUCCCUUCCAAUCUUAACACUUCCAAUCUCUCCAACUCCGAUGAACACCGCCUCACGGACGGCAUAUCCCUCAACUUCAAUGCCCAAUUCACUUCUCACCAAAACCAAUCCAUUGUUUACAUAUCCGAAAGAAAUGGUCUCCCCACAGUUUUCCUCACCAGACCAGACCUUCCCAAACCUCAAGAGCUCCCAUUUGCACCUGAAAGCCUCUUCCACGACCGCCCCAUAAUCAAGAACAACCGCCUCUACUUUAUCUCUGCUCAUGAAAAGCCAGAUCAGCUUUUCAAAAGCUGGAACGCUCUUUACGUAACCGAUCUAAAUAACGAUCAUAACGGCGUUACUCGUUUGACUCCUAACAGUGCCGUUGACUUCAGCCCUGCUGUCUCUCUUUCGGGGAAUUAUAUUGCCGUUGCAUCUUAUGGAUCUCGCCCUUGGGACGGUGAGUUUCAGGAUCUUUAUACUGAUAUUGUUGUUUUCAAAGAGUCUGAGUCCGAUAAACGAGUUGUUAUUUGUGAAAGAGGCGGAUGGCCUUCUUGGUCCGGCGAUACCACCGUUUAUUUUCAUCGCAAGGCUGAUGAUGGCUGGUGGAGCAUUUUCCAAGUCAAACUCCCGGAAAAUAUGGAUGAUUUUUCUGGGUUUCCAAUUGCUCCGGUUCGAAUUACUCCGCCGGGUGUUCACUGCUUCACUCCGGCUGCUAUGCAUAACACUGAAAGAAUUGUUGUUGCUACGAGACGGCGUGGGAAGGAUCAGAGGCAUAUUGAAAUAUUUGAUGUUGCUUCAAAUACUUUUUAUCCGGUAACUGAGUUAGUGAACCCGAGUUUCCAUCACUAUAACCCGUUUGUUUCUCCAGAUUCUAUGUAUAUUGGGUACCACCGGUUUAGAGGGGAGUCAGCUAGUGGACAAACCAGCAUUCCUAAUAUCGAACCGGUUAUAUCUCCGGAAAACGAUCUACAUAUGCUGAGAAUCAACGGAUCAUUUCCUUCAUUCUCCCCUGACGGUGAUUUUAUAGCUUUCAACGCCGGCGUAAGUCAAGGUUUACACAUCGUUAAAUCAGACGGUUCUAAGCGGUGGACUCUACUCCCCAGAGACCGUGUAGCUUUCCACACUUCAUGGAGUCCAACGGAGAAAAAUGUUAUCUAUACAACUCUAGGACCUGGGUUUGCCCCGGUUGAUAAAACAGUCCAGAUUGCUCGGGUAAUAUUUGACCCAUCGGAUCUCAAGUCGGGUCUUGAUCAAAUUCCAUGCGAGGUUAAGAUGCUAACCGGAGAAGACUCCGGUAACAACGCCUUCUCGUCCUGCUCACCGGAUGGUAAAUCGAUUGUAUUCCGGUCUGGCCGGAAUGGCCAUAAGAAUCUGUACAUAAUUGACGCCGUGGAAGGCGAGUUCAACGGCAACGUACGUCAAAUAACGGAGGGGCCAUGGAUUGAUACUAUGCCUAGCUGGUCUCCUAAAGGAGACUUGAUAGCUUUUUCUUCAAAUAGGCAUAAUCCGGGUCAUGCUAACCCGUUUAGCAUCUACGUAGUAAAACCCGACGGGUCUGAUCUGAAGAGGAUCCGGUUGGAGGGAACGGAGAAGUUGAGCGAGGAUGAAAGGGAAAGGAUAGAGAGGAUAAACCACGUGUGUUUUAGUGGAGAUGGUGAGUGGCUUUUGUUUACGGCUAACUUAGGGAGCUUGAGUGCUGAGCCGGUGUCGCUGCCACGUCAGAUGCAGCCGUAUGGAGAUUUGUAUGUGGCUAAGUUGGAUGGGAGUGGCUUGAGAAGGCUGACGUGGAAUGGCUUUGAGAAUGGUACUCCAGCGUGGUACUACCCAGGGAGUGAGCAAUACGACGUCGGAGAUAGACCAUUGAUGGUGAGUCACCGGUCAGCUCUGGUCACUAAAAGUUUGUCUGUGGAACAAGAUGCUGGGGAUAAGCUUACCGGCCAGUUUAAUGAUCCACCAUGGUUAACUAUUGAAUAAUGAAAAUUCCCGUCAUUUUUUAUUUA